GUAUAAUAUAAAUAUAAAAGAAAACCUCUUCAUAACAAAUUUAUAAUAUAAAAGUUUAUGAAUGCAAACAAAUAAGCUUUUACGCAACAAUAAUGCUGGUUUUCAAAUUACUAAUGCUGUUAGUUGUUUCAAAAAAAUUUAAUUCAGAAGAUGUACAAGAAUGCUCUAAUGCAACAGGAAAAAUAUCAGAAUCUCCUGGACCAGCAGAAAAUGUUUUAGUUGAAAAAAGAAAUGAUAGUAGUGUUACGAUCAAUUGGAAUGAGCCCUCUGUUAAAAAUGGAACUGUGAAAUACAGAAUAUUUUACGAGCCCCAAGACGAUUCAAACAAAAUCCAAUCUUUUUUUGUUGAAACCAACGAAACUUUUGUGAUUGUCGUUGGACUUAAGGAUUAUACUAACUAUACAUUUUUUAUUCAAGCUUUUACUGCUUGUGGGAACAGCACAAGUGUGGCCAACACAUCAGCUAUGACUUAUUUUGGUGAUGCUCGAGGUGGUCCAGUUAAUUUGACAGUUGCAGUUGUUUCAUCUAGUUCUGUGAAUGUGUCCUGGACUCGUCCAGAUGAUUCUUUACAUAUCAGUGGUUACGAAGUUUUCUAUCUUGACACAUCUAAGAGAGUAGAUGUUUUUGUAACAUGGCUUCUUGUAGAAAACUUAAAUCCUUGUACGGUUUAUAAGUUUAAUGUUUGUGCAAUUUAUCCAGAAGGCAAAACCAAUUGUUCUAUUAAAACAGAAAAAAUAGCAGGAGACGCUCCUGGACCAGCAGAAAAUGUUUUAGUUGAAAAAAGAAAUGAUAGUAGUGUUACGAUCAAUUGGAAUGAGCCCUCUGUUAAAAAUGGAACUGUGAAAUACAGAAUAUUUUACGAGCCCCAAGACGAUUCAAACAAAAUCCAAUCUUUUUUUGUUGAAACCAACGAAACUUUUGUGAUUGUCGUUGGACUUAAGGAUUAUACUAACUAUACAUUUUUUAUUCAAGCUUUUACUGCUUGUGGGAACAGCACAAGUGUGGCCAACACAUCAGCUAUGACUUAUUUUGGUGAUGCUCGAGGUGGUCCAGUUAAUUUGACAGUUGCAGUUGUUUCAUCUAGUUCUGUGAAUGUGUCCUGGACUCGUCCAGAUGAUUCUUUACAUAUCAGUGGUUACGAAGUUUUCUAUCUUGACACAUCUAAGAGAGUAGAUGUUUUUGUAACAUGGCUUCUUGUAGAAAACUUAAAUCCUUGUACGGUUUAUAAGUUUAAUGUUUGUGCAAUUUAUCCAGAAGGCAAAACCAAUUGUUCUAUUAAAACAGAAAAAAUAGCAGGAGACGCUCCUGGACCAGCAGAAAAUGUUUUAGUUGAAAAAAGAAAUGAUAGUAGUGUUACGAUCAAUUGGAAUGAGCCCUCUGUUAAAAAUGGAACUGUGAAAUACAGAAUAUUUUACGAGCCCCAAGACGAUUCAAACAAAAUCCAAUCUUUUUUUGUUGAAACCAACGAAACUUUUGUGAUUGUCGUUGGACUUAAGGAUUAUACUAACUAUACAUUUUUUAUUCAAGCUUUUACUGCUUGUGGGAACAGCACAAGUGUGGCCAACACAUCAGCUAUGACUUAUUUUGGUGAUGCUCGAGGUGGUCCAGUUAAUUUGACAGUUGCAGUUGUUUCAUCUAGUUCUGUGAAUGUGUCCUGGACUCGUCCAGAUGAUUCUUUACAUAUCAGUGGUUACGAAGUUUUCUAUCUUGACACAUCUAAGAGAGUAGAUGUUUUUGUAACAUGGCUUCUUGUAGAAAACUUAAAUCCUUGUACGGUUUAUAAGUUUAAUGUUUGUGCAAUUUAUCCAGAAGGCAAAACCAAUUGUUCUAUUAAAACAGAAAAAAUAGCAGGAGACGCUCCUGGACCAGCAGAAAAUGUUUUAGUUGAAAAAAGAAAUGAUAGUAGUGUUACGAUCAAUUGGAAUGAGCCCUCUGUUAAAAAUGGAACUGUGAAAUACAGAAUAUUUUACGAGCCCCAAGACGAUUCAAACAAAAUCCAAUCUUUUUUUGUUGAAACCAACGAAACUUUUGUGAUUGUCGUUGGACUUAAGGAUUAUACUAACUAUACAUUUUUUAUUCAAGCUUUUACUGCUUGUGGGAACAGCACAAGUGUGGCCAACACAUCAGCUAUGACUUAUUUUGGUGAUGCUCGAGGUGGUCCAGUUAAUUUGACAGUUGCAGUUGUUUCAUCUAGUUCUGUGAAUGUGUCCUGGACUCGUCCAGAUGAUUCUUUACAUAUCAGUGGUUACGAAGUUUUCUAUCUUGACACAUCUAAGAGAGUAGAUGUUUUUGUAACAUGGCUUCUUGUAGAAAACUUAAAUCCUUGUACGGUUUAUAAGUUUAAUGUUUGUGCAAUUUAUCCAGAAGGCAAAACCAAUUGUUCUAUUAAAACAGAAAAAAUAGCAGGAGACGCUCCUGGACCAGCAGAAAAUGUUUUAGUUGAAAAAAGAAAUGAUAGUAGUGUUACGAUCAAUUGGAAUGAGCCCUCUGUUAAAAAUGGAACUGUGAAAUACAGAAUAUUUUACGAGCCCCAAGACGAUUCAAACAAAAUCCAAUCUUUUUUUGUUGAAACCAACGAAACUUUUGUGAUUGUCGUUGGACUUAAGGAUUAUACUAACUAUACAUUUUUUAUUCAAGCUUUUACUGCUUGUGGGAACAGCACAAGUGUGGCCAACACAUCAGCUAUGACUUAUUUUGGUGAUGCUCGAGGUGGUCCAGUUAAUUUGACAGUUGCAGUUGUUUCAUCUAGUUCUGUGAAUGUGUCCUGGACUCGUCCAGAUGAUUCUUUACAUAUCAGUGGUUACGAAGUUUUCUAUCUUGACACAUCUAAGAGAGUAGAUGUUUUUGUAACAUGGCUUCUUGUAGAAAACUUAAAUCCUUGUACGGUUUAUAAGUUUAAUGUUUGUGCAAUUUAUCCAGAAGGCAAAACCAAUUGUUCUAUUAAAACAGAAAAAAUAGCAGGAGACGCUCCUGGACCAGCAGAAAAUGUUUUAGUUGAAAAAAGAAAUGAUAGUAGUGUUACGAUCAAUUGGAAUGAGCCCUCUGUUAAAAAUGGAACUGUGAAAUACAGAAUAUUUUACGAGCCCCAAGACGAUUCAAACAAAAUCCAAUCUUUUUUUGUUGAAACCAACGAAACUUUUGUGAUUGUCGUUGGACUUAAGGAUUAUACUAACUAUACAUUUUUUAUUCAAGCUUUUACUGCUUGUGGGAACAGCACAAGUGUGGCCAACACAUCAGCUAUGACUUAUUUUGGUGAUGCUCGAGGUGGUCCAGUUAAUUUGACAGUUGCAGUUGUUUCAUCUAGUUCUGUGAAUGUGUCCUGGACUCGUCCAGAUGAUUCUUUACAUAUCAGUGGUUACGAAGUUUUCUAUCUUGACACAUCUAAGAGAGUAGAUGUUUUUGUAACAUGGCUUCUUGUAGAAAACUUAAAUCCUUGUACGGUUUAUAAGUUUAAUGUUUGUGCAAUUUAUCCAGAAGGCAAAACUAGUUGUUUUCAUAUAGAAGGGAAAACAUUAGAAGACAUUCCUGAUGAGCCUGGAAGCUUUUUGUGUUUUAAUGGUAGAGAAGGUUCUAAACAUUUUAUUUUCUUAAAUUGGACUAAACCUCUGUUUGAAAAUGGCAUUCUUUUAGAUUAUAUCAUUUACAGAAAUAACCAUCAGGUUUUCAAGAAUUUAAAAGAAAGUUUUAAAGAUGCUGAGCUAAAGCCAUACACCCAAUAUAGCUACACUUUAGCCGCUUCUACAAAAGUUGGAUAUGGAAAAAAUAAAUCUCUAUCUUGUACAACGCAGGAAGACAUUCCUGACGAGCCUUCAAGCUUUUUUUGUUUUAAUGGUCGAGAAGAUUCUAAGCAUUUUAUUUUCUUAAACUGGACUAAACCUCUAUUUGCAAAUGGCAUUCUUUUGAAUUACAUUCUUUACAGAAAUAAUGAUGAGAUUUUUAAGAAAUCAGGGGAAAAUUUUAAAGAUGAAGAAGAACUAAAGCCAUACACCCAAUAUAACUACACUUUAGCAGCUUCUACAAUAGUUGGAUACGGAAAAAACAAAUCUAUAUCUUGUCAAACUCAGGAAGACAGACCAAGUAAAGUGGUUAGUUUAACUGCUUCUAAAAUUACUCAUUCGUCUCUAUGUUUGGAAUGGAGAAAACCAGAGAAUCCAAAUGGUGAAGUCAUAUAUUCUAUCACAUGUAACACCUUUGAAAAUAAAACAAAAAAUUUGUAUUAUUGUUACAACAAUUUGCAUGCUUAUACCAGAUAUCAAGUUUUUGUGUCAGCGUGUACAUAUGGUGGUGAUUUAUGUUCUGAAAAACAAGAUAUUAUUGUUACUACAGAUUUUACAGCUCCUUCAGAAUGUCCAGCGGGUAUUUUACCAAAGAAAACUAAUCCUACAUCAAUUAACCUUAUUUGGAAUCCUCCUAAAGGGUCAGCAGAAAAUGGUCCAUAUAUUCAUUAUGUUAUAAAAUAUUGGGCAAAUGAUGUUAAUGAAACAAAAUUAAAUAUUAACAACACUGAAGUAGCUUUAACUUCAUUGAAAUUCUAUACAAAUUACACUAUAACAUUUUGUGCUUGUAAUAAAAAAGGUUGUGGACCAAUAUGUACUAUUAAUGAAGAAACUGGAGAAGGAAUUCCUGGACCCCCUUUAUUGCUGGAAAGUUAUGUAAAUGGAACUUCAGAAACUAAUAUUUCCAUUGGUAUAAGUUGGAAAACGCCUAAGCAACCUAAUGGAAAGUUGCUAGGUUUUAGAUUAAAGUAUAUGCCUUCUUUUUCUAAAGAUAGGACAGAAAGAAAACCAAUAGAAUUAGGAAAUGUUUUACAAUAUGAUAUCAACGGACUAGAGCCAUAUACACUAUACAAUGUAUCAUUAGCUGCGGUAACUAGUGUUGGUGUUGGAGAUUAUGAUUUUAAACAGUAUCAUACCAAAUCUGUUGCUCCUGGUCCACCAACUGCAAUUGCGUUUGAAAAAACAUCAACAACAAUUAAACUUAGUUGGAGGCCUCCUGAAAAGCCUAAUGGAAAAAUUUUAAAGUAUCUUGUUUCAAAUAAAACUACUGGUAUUGUAAUAGGUGAAACCGAGUCACUUUUUUUUGAAAUUAAAAAGUUAAAGUCAUACACGGAAUACUCAUUUAGUAUUUCAUGUGUUUCUGAACAUAGUCAAGGUCCAUAUGAGUGCAUUACAGUUCGAACGAGUGAGACUAUUCCUCCACUUCCCCCUACAGUAAGUCCACCAUCAGAACCACCUACAAGCAAAACAAUAACAAUACGUAUAUCUCAGGGAUCAAAUGAAAAUGGCAGGAUAAGCUAUUACUUGAUUGUUGUAAUUGAAACUAUCAAUGGACGACCUAACAAAAAACCUAAAGAAUAUGAUAUUUCAGAUCUAAAGACCUAUGAAGAAUAUAUUGCUCUUAGAAAGACAGAUAGUUUUGUACCUUAUAUUGCUGCCAAUAUAUCAAGUGAUAAAUUUCCUAAAGAUGGUACAUUUGUUCUUGGAUCAGGAACAAAAAAUCAGGCAAGAAAGAGACGAUCAGCUGCAAAAGUAUACCAUAAUGGUCCACUAUCAUCAGGAAGAAGUUAUUGUGUAUUUCAAAGAACACAUGUUAACCAGGAUUUGUAUGUUUCAAGUGAAGAUUGGGACGGUCCUUACAAAACAGAAGUAGCAGUUGUUAAUAUACCGAAAGAAGGUGGAGAUGGAGGUAAAAUUGCUGGAGGUAUCAUAGGAGUACUAAUUGCACUCAUAUUUGGUGGAGCUUUAUACUACUUCAAAUUUAGAAACAAAGGUGAAAAUAAAAUUGAAUCUCAAAAUUUAAAUCCACUUAUGAAAGGCAGUUUCAACAAAGGUUUUGAUCCUGAUAAUGGUAAUUUAAAAUUGGAUCCUUAUACCCCAUCAGGUGUUCCCAUCAAAGUGAGCAAUUUUCCUGCCUAUGUUCGCAAUUUAUCAAAGGAUGGGAAGUUUUUAUUUGCAGAAGAAUUUAAGCUUAUUCAACAGGGUAAAGGGGUUAGUUCAUACUUAUAUGAGCAUUCCAACCAUCCAAUCAACAGAGAGAAAAACCGUUAUAAUAAUAUUGUUGCAUAUGAUCAUACAAGAGUAUUGUUGCGGCCUAUAGAUGAUAUUCCUGAAUCAGACUAUAUCAAUGCUAACUACAUUGAUGGUUAUAUGGGUCAUGGCUAUAUUGCAACACAAGGCCCUUUGGAGCAGACAUGUCAAGAUUUCUGGCGAAUGUGUUGGGAGCAAAAUGUUAGCACUAUAGUAAUGCUAACACAACUAGUUGAACAAGGAAAAAAUAAAUGCCAUAAAUAUUGGCCCGAUGUUGGAUCAACCUGUUAUGAUAUGAUGCAAAUUACAUUAACUGAGUCUACUUGCCUCCCUUCGUAUGUUGUCAGAACAUUUAGUGUUUUGCAUGAUGAGUAUCCUGGUCAAGAACGUUUUAUAAAGCAGUUUGCUUUUAAUUCAUGGUCAGACCAUGGAAUAUCCAAUCCUCAAACUCUAUUGACUUUUAUAAGACAUGUCAAUCAAAGCAUUGCUAACUCUGAUGGACCUUCUGGUCCUGUUGUUGUUCACUGCAGUGCUGGAGUUGGUCGCACUGGAACAUAUAUUGUGUUAGAUGUCAACCUUAAACAAAUUGAAGCUGAAGGAAAAGUUGAAAUUUUUAAAUACUUGCAACAUAUUCGAAGCCAAAGAAAUUAUAUGGUGCAAACAGAGGGCCAAUAUAUUUUCAUUCAUGAUACUUUGCUUGAGCAUAUUAUAUUUGGUGUUACAGAAGUACAAGUGCAAGAUCUUAGAAAUCAUGUUAAAAAAAUGCUUCAAACACAAACUGGCAGCACAGAGACUCGCAUUGAUAAAGAGUUUCAUAAAUUGAAUUUAUUUGAUCCAUCCAACACAAAAACAAUAAAAGCUGCCAGCGAAACAUGCAACAGGAAUAAGAAUCGAUAUUAUAAUGUUUUGCCAUAUGACGACACGCGUGUAUGCUUAAAGCCAAUGCCAGGAGUUGCAGGCUCUGAUUAUAUCAAUGCAAGUUUCAUCAAUGGCUACACACAAGAAAAACAAUUUAUUGCCAGUCAAGCUCCGUUACCUCAAACAAUAGUAUCUUUCUGGAGAAUGGUUUGGGAAUAUGAUUGUCGAACAAUUGUUUGUUUAGCACAGGAGACAGAAGGAGGAAAAGUUAAAAUACAUCGUUAUUGGCCAUCUAUAGAAGGAGCUAUGCAUGGAACAUUAAUGAUAGAGCAUGUAUCUCAAAAUAUAAUUGGAGAUUUCAUUGUCCGCGAGUUUAAAGUGACACAUACAACAGAAGGUCAUUCAAGAACUAUUAAACAUUUUCAAUAUGUUACAUGGCCAGAUAAUUCUCAUCCAGAAAGUGGUUCAAGUAUUGUUGAUAUGAUUGGGCGAGUACAAAAGUGGAACCAGCAGAAUGGCACAGGACCAAUUGUUGUGCACUGCAGCAAUGGUGUUGGGCGUACUGGAGUUUUUAUUGCAUUGUUUAACGUGAUUGACCGAGUUCGAGUUGAAGGUGUUGUUGAUAUUUUUCAAACCGUAAGAGAACUGAGAUCACAAAGACCGGCAAUGGUUCAAACAAAGGAUCAAUAUUUAUUUUGCUUCCUGGCUUUUCAAGACUUUCUCGCAUCUUUUGAUAUCUACCAAACAUUUUUAUAAUUUUUUUAACAAACCUUUUUGAUACAGAUGUUAUAAUUUCAUUGAAAUUUAUUUUGAAUAUAUGAGUAAUAUUUUUAUGAUUUUAAUUAUUUUAAUAAAAAUAAACAGUAAUAUAUGUUUUAUAAAUAGUUUAUUAUGUAUUCAGUAUCAAUUAUUUUCUGCGAGCAAUCUCGAUGCAUAAUUAACAAAUUUUAGUUUUGUUUG